AUAGCAAAAUUAGGAUAGUCAGGCCUUAUGAGGAUCGCCAUGUUUAGGCAACAUUUUUCCUAAAUUCGUUGGCAACCACCAUGUUAACAGGCCUAAGAAACCACCCCUGACUUGCAUUUUCCUCUGUUUCUACGUAAUGAGAAUGCAGUAUAAUGCAUGCUUGUAAGAAGCAUUCAUCAUUAUAGAACUGGUUAUUACAUCAUUCAUGUCUUAAUACACUCUUGGCACGCUCAUCGAUCAUAGUGAUCUUUCCGUUGAAAUCUUCAAAAUAUUAACAGAAUUCUGGGAUCUUUGCAGUACAUUCACUACUGGAAUGCAUGGAGAUAACUUACAGUUAUCAAAAGAUAACUGUGUAUUUACCACGUCGUCUCCUGUUAAAGCUUAGGGAAAAACGUACGAAGCCUUUAAAGAUCGUUCUGAUCACACGUCUAAGUUCAAUACAAAUAUAGCUUGACGUGAGAUUAAUAAGGAGCAAACGUCUUGACACUUUCGUGCUUUGACCUGGAAAGAAGAUAAAGAGGUGUGGUAUUUUUACAUAGCAGACCUGAGUGGUAACACGACUAAAGGUGAUGUGCCAUCCCCGUGCUUUUGAACACUUCGUUGACAAUUCCUGUAUAGUUUAGCACAAAACAUAUCUGAAUUCGAAAUGUUUUUAUACAAUACAAUGCAAAAACUCCUUUAUUAAACGCGAGAUAACGUUCCACAAUUGUCUACGGCGGGUCAUAGACCAAACAAAAUAUCGCUAAUAUUACCACUUGGGUACCACAUUAUUAAGUACCACAUUAAUCGUUUGGGAAGCAAAUAUGUCAACUUUGACAACAAUGACUGACCGGCCGGCUGAGCGAAGCGAACGACAACGACCUGCAAGACCUAGUUGGGAAAAAUACGGUCCAAUCGAAUACAGAGCUCUCCGCAUAGCUAGAGUGAUCCAGAUGGCUGUUGUCAAUCGUUCGCAUUCAACUAGAGAAAACUGACAAAAGCGUAAAGUGAAACUCCAUUGAUUACUCCGUAGAAAUGCCAAAAAAAGAAGACUCUGACAAUAUACUUUUGGUUGCUUGCAUGACAAAGGUCAUUUCUACCCGAAGUCGUUACCGGCGAUGAAAGAUCGAUUUUUCACUAUACCCGUGAAUAUGAGUCAGAACGGUCAGAGCUCUUCAAUUUGACGGUACGAAGAAAUAUACUCAUAAACUGCACCUCGGCGUGUGAUAAGUCGAGAAGAGAGAGUCAUACUACGAGCUGCUGAAAUGCCUGGAAGAAGUUACAACAGCCUGUCACACAAAUCAACGUAUACGCAGAAAGAAAAAGGCCUUGGAUUGGCAUGAGCGAUGCAAAGUACUAUUGCUGCAUAACAACGUUGCGUCGCAUGCUCCAAUGAGGAACUCUGCCCAUGCAGCCUAGACAUCGCUCUACAUUACUGUUACUUAUCUCGGUUGAGGCAGCAUAGCCAGUUCCCGUGGUAGGUUAGUUGAUAAAGAAAUUGCGCGCUAAUCUUGGACUAUACAUUGGGUUCGAAUCCAGGUAUAGACAGACACACGGUUCGCUUCGUUUCUUCCAGCCAUCUGCUGCCGAACGUAAAACACGAAACAUAAAAGGCAUGGCGAGGAAGAGAAAUACUUCAGAAGAGAGACCGAACUAUUGCAAAUGGGUCGACGAGUUAAUCUCUUCCGAUGACGAAGCCUUCUCCUUCGCAGGAUACAUUGGCCGCCAAAAAGAUAAUCGAAAAUUCUAGUAAACGAAAGACCGUCCCUACGCGUCCUUUUUUCCCAUUUAAUCUAAAAGGGGUAAAGAAUAACGAACAACAAACUUUAAUUCCAAGAUUAUACAAGCCUGAAUGUAUACAUCCGAGUAAACAAUAUUCGACUCCAAAAAGGAAGUUAUAAAUACGCAGACUUGAGGAGCUUACUAUUUGUUGAGACUGCAGAACAGCCACGACCCAAUGGUAACGAGUCGACGGCAACAUGAUGGUAGCUCAGCGAAGGCGAAACUCCAGUAUUCCAUGCAAUCACACAACAGGAAGCAGAGCGGAAAAAACAAGGUCAGUUGUGGGAGCUAAGAUGCUGUCAGGCUCCGAUCGGACGACGAGUUACGGGUGCACCCUUCAUGUCUCGCGUAUCCUGCCCGCACGGUAAUUUGCCUAUGUAGUCAUACCUGCGAACGGUGCUGUGUGUGAAGGGAGAAGAAAAAUCAAGGAAAUUUUGGAUUAAGCCAGGAAGUCUGCCUGAAGGUGAUGCCCAGAACCGGUGGACAGUGACGCCCUCAGUGGUGGCUUUAGGAACUGGGUGGCUUGCAUCGAGACCAUAUGGCGCAGUUGAUAAUAGGCGGACGAGCAGCUGUCAUGUGCGCGACUAGGGUCUCUGAUCUCGUUCCGAGGCAACCUUGCUGAAAUAAUUCAACGUGUUUUCAGUGUAAGUGAGAAACUGACUCGCAAGCGACGAACCGCACUAUGGAUUUUUCGAGGCGUCAAUGAGACGAUUGUUAUAAGAUUGUGACAAGCUGGCACCCUCAAAAUUCGAAGCCUAUCAUUCGAUCGCGGAUACGUGGCCACAAUCAACUCAUAUGAGCGUGCUUUAGUCGGUAGUUGUCAAUAGAUAUUCCUCAAAAAAAAGGUGAUCACAUGUGAACGGGACGAUCAAUCAAAUCACGGUACCGUCCGUGAAUGUUGUUUAUUUGUCUACUAACCGCGUGAUCAAGCCUCCUGUUGCCGGAAUGGACCGACGUUCGGCACCGGAAGCUGAAAGACUCCUUGGAGGCGGACUUAGCGAUGACGAUGAAAAUUUGCUUGAUGGCGAAAGGCCGGAUACGCAGGAAGACUCUCGGGCUAGACCCAAACAGGAUAAUAACUAUUCAAAUAGGAAGCUUCGCAAGGUUCAGUUCGAGGUGGAACAAGUCCAGGGUAUUAUGCGAGACAACGUUGAGAAGAUGUUAGACCGUGGGGAGCGGGUUGUAGAGCUGGCAGACAAGAGCGAUAGCCUCAAUAACCAAGCUGACUCAUUCCUGCAGGCGAGCAAACGCAUGCAAAAGCGUCUUUGGUGGCGGCAGUACAAACUGCGUCUCCUAAUCGGGAUAACCUUAAUAACUGUUCUCCUAAUUAUUGUUGUUAAGAUGCUCUGGUCUUGAGCAAUGCUCGACCUCCAUCCUCGGAAGGUGAUCGAUGUAGGUAGGCUAGUCCGAAAGUUGAAUCGUAUCGGGGCGAUGAAAGCUACGGAAUUUGUCGAAUUAUAUUGUACUGUUAAUAUAUAAUUUCUACUGCGUUCUAUUCACGCCGCACGCUAACGACGCACGUGAUACAAACCAAGUGUUGUAUAGUAAUAUCCGAAUGUAAUGGACAGAAAUAAAAUGUUAUUCUGUUAAAAGUGUA